GCUCGCGCGUAACCGGCGUGAAACGUGUUGUGUUGUGUGUGAGUUGUUCUGUUAGGUUUCUUCUUCUAUUAUGACCUUUUCUGUCUAUUCAACCCGAUUUAUCUCUCUGUCGCUGUCUACGGUAGCCUAAUAGUUCAGUGCAAUCAUGUGGCCUGAGUUGAUUUUGAUCUCUGUUCUGCUGUUGAGCCUGGUCUGUGGCGAAGUCAAUGUGGCUCAUCCUAAUCCGUCGGAACAUAUUAUUAGUGCUUCUACGUAUAGUACUACUACUACUACUAGUCAUACAAAGCGACCUAACAUUAUUAUUAUGAUGGCUGAUGACCUUGGCUAUGGCGACGUCGGCAUGACUGGUAAUGAUACGAUAAGAACUCCUAACAUAGACAGUAUUGCGACCAAGGGUGUCAAAUUCACACAUCAUCUUGCUGCCAGUUCUGUAUGUUCUCCAAGCAGAGCUGCAUUUUUGACAGGAAGAUAUCCCAUCCGCUCGGGGGUGGCGCCAAGCGGUCUCCUGAGAGUCAUGACCUUUGUGGCGAGCGCGGGAGGCUUGCCGCAGAACGAAACGACUAUGCCUGAGAUUCUAAAAGAAGCUGGAUACUCCACAGCGCUUAUAGGCAAAUGGCAUCUGGGCAUCAACUGCGAGUGGCAGGGCGACUUCUGCCACCACCCGCUCAACCACGGCUUCGACUACUUCUACGGCCUGCCGCUCACCAACCUGAAGGACUUCAGCGGCGACGGCAACACGGUCAUGCUGAUGGCGAAGCCGAACAUGAACGUCGGCCUCGGCUGCACUGUGCUCGUCGGCACGCUCGUGACGCUGCUGCUGCGCCGCAAGAAGCUCGUGCACAAGGCCGGCUUCUACGCGCUGCUCUUCCUCACGACGGUCCCGAUCGGCGUCUUCUACCUCGUCAUGUGCGACAUGACGUUCAUCAACAGCGUCAUCAUGCGCGACUUUGACUACAUCGAGCAGCCGAUCCGCUUCGACAACCUGUCGCAGCGGCUCGUCAGCGAGGCGCUCGAGUAUCUGACCGCGCGCUCGCACAGCGGUCAGCCGUUCAUGCUCUUCAUGUCGUUCGUGCAGGUGCACACGUACCUGCACACGGCCGACCGGUUCAAGGGACGAAGCAGACAUGGUCGCUAUGGGGACAACGUGGAAGAGUUGGACUGGUGUGUUGGGGAACUUCUGAAAGCGGUGCGGAGGCUGGGAAUGCAGAACGACACCCUCAUCUACUUCACGUCUGACCAGGGCGGACAUGUCGAGGAGAGAGGUCUUGACGGACAGCGUGAAGGCGGCUGGAAUGGCAUAUUCAAAGGUGGUAAGUGCAUGGGCGGGAUGGAGGGUGCCCUGCGCGUGCCGACGGCGAUGAUGUGGCCGGGCGUCGUGCCGGCGGGCCGCGUCGUCCACCAGCCGACGUCGCUCAUGGACGUGCUGCCGACGCUGUGCCACGUGCUCGACGUGCCGCUGCCCGCCAACCGCGUCAUCGACGGACGCAACGUGUGGCCGCUCAUCACGGGCCGCGCCGACGAGACGCCGCAUGACGUCAUGUUCCACUACUGCGGCCGCGACAUACACGCCGCCCGAUACAGCCCGAAGGACGAGAACGCCGUCUGGAAGGUGCACUUCGCGACGCCCAAGUGGCGGGCGGGCACACAAGGCUGCGACUUCGUGUGCCCGUGCUACGGCAGCACGUGGAUCCAGUGGCACGACCCGCCGCUCAUGUUUGAUCUCGUCAGCGACCCGGCCGAGACCACUGUCGUCAACGUCAGCUCGGACGCGAAGUACGAGGCGAUCCUGCGGCACAUCGACGAGGCGAAACUUGCUCACAAGCAGUCGUUGGUCGAGGUCGAGUCGCAGUACAGCUUCUACAACACGAUGUGGUGGCCAUGGUUACAGCCCUGCUGCAACUACCCGUGGUGCGACUGCCACGACGAAAAGUACGACAACUUCAGCUACCCGUACACAGACAACGACGCGUGGUCCUGAUGACGCAACAAUCACGAGGCGGCGCCGAGGCAGAGUGCGAGAACAGUGCGAGGACGCGUGCGGUCGUGCAUGCACUCACACACGACGAGAGCGAGCGACGUUAUCUGCCGUAUUCUGGGGAGGCUGCGUCGGGAUGCGCUCGUUACCGGUUGUGACCGUGCAUCUCAGGUUUCUGUUGGCAAUGGGGUUACGGGGGGUGGGGUUUGGGGCGAGGGAGGGAAUUGCAGUGAGCUCGCACAUCGUGAGUGACCGAUGACGUACGCUGCCAAAAGGUGGGCACAGGUGGGCGAACGUAGCGAUGGUACGCCCACGAAGCAGUCGUGAUGUGAUGCAGAAUUACGCCGAGAGUUUGGUGUUGCAAAGAUGAACCUGUGGAACUAGCAUAAUAUAUACCAUCCCGGUUGUAUUGUAUCUCAGUGAUAUCGUAGGCACCAGAAGUGAGUGUGGUGGGGGGGGGAGUAUCGAAACACAAGGGCAUGUAUUAUCGAACUUCAACAAAUGUUCUACUUACAAGCAACCUACCAAGCAACUAGUUGCUUUUAAAUGAACGUUGACAUCAGUAUAAGAAAUUAACAAAAAUAGAAAUGAAGUUUAAAUGAAGCUUAAAAUGGUCAUCUAAUUCCUGUUUUGCUUAUUGUUUCGUUGCAAAAAAAAGUGUCAGGAUAAUGUCCUUUUUACAAGUAGGAGCAAUUAUGCAGAGAAUGAUUUUCUGGUUAUGACCUAUGGUCGGAGUGACAGCCAUUGUGCUGGGCUCGCUGCAGAGAAUUAUUCUUUUGUAUACAAACGUUUGCGUACCCAUUGUUAAUUUCAAAGUUUAUGCUUAAAUCUGUGUACAGAUUAGAGAUACAAAACAUAGUGCGCAGUUAUGAGUGUUCGUAGUUGAUAACGUUGAACAAAUGCGUUGAGUUUUCUACAUACACAGUUCACUUGUCAUAUACGUACUGGAUUUGAAUCUUGGGUAAAAGCCUGAUAUCUUGAGAUCACCUGCAUGGCAGAAGGUCAUGUGAGGGUCAUUGCGAAAACGUAUUAUUUAUCGCUACAUGUCGCAAACGUUGCCUGAAAUGCGCCACGAGGGUCGCUUGCGGCUGUAUGCGCUGUGAAACACGAGGUAGGAUUAAGACGUGAGGUAUUGUUUUAGAAAAUGGCAUUUAGCAACUGAAACCAAUAAAACUAGGGUUUCCGCAUUUAGUUGCAUUCAAACGGCAAAACGUCUCGCUUUUUUAAAUUACAAGAAUGUAAUCAAUUGUAUUAUUUCGUGUCCUCACAGCGCUAGUCUCUAUUGAUCCGCAUUUUUGAUAAGUGUUAGACAGAAUACGGUUUCCGUGGUGCUUUCUAUUGUUCUAGAUGCAUAUGCGGCGUUAAACAAAUAGAACGAACUUGUAGAACGAAUUUCGCAAGAUUCAGUAUUAUCAUUAUGUUAGCUCGCACUGGUGAGACCUAGUGUAAACGUGACCAUUUGCAAUUAUGGCAGACGGUCACUGAUCAUCUCUUAAUUGUUCUCUUGCUCUAAUAUAAUAAUAAUUAUUUAUCUCUUAAUUGUUCUCUUGCUCUGUGGUUAUGAAUGCCAUGCAAUCUCCGAUCAAUCAUAAAAUAAGUUAAAGUGGAUGUUCUCUGUAUAGUUCAUGUUGGAAUGCGAUAUAGGCAAACUACGUGUUGUUGGCCGUAGCCUCUAAGCGAUAAUUAUCACCACUAGGUAUUAUCUGUGACCGUGUAAUAUUUUCGUGUUUCACUUUAUAUGUUUUUAAAUGUAAAUCAGAAUUCGAUUUUAAUUACGGACAUUAUCCAUCGAAUCAUGUAUCAGUUGGUUCACGGGGGGUGGGGGUUAUGCUGCUGUAAUGUUCUGUACGGCUGCAUAAUAACUGGCAUUAGUGCAUGACGUGAUAAAUCGCUGCAAUCUCAUUGGAUAACGCAGCAGGCACUAUGAAGCAGGCACUA